AUGAAGGGCCGGCAGCAGAGGUGCAGGAGGGCUCAGCCCUGGGCCCUGCUCUUGCUUCUCUUAGGUCCACAGCUCCUGGUGACUUAUGGCUGGCGUCCCCAAGUGAGUGAGAAUAGUGAAAACAGAAAUACCUUGGAGCUUUACUUUCCUGCCGUUGUGGAGUAUGUCUUACACAUGUACAACCUGAGGAGCCUGGACAGGAAUGCUUACAAAGUGGUGCGUGUACUGAGGUCGUGGCAGGAAUUGAGAGAAAUAGGCCUGGUGUUCUCCAUGGAGCUGCAGUUCGCCCGAACCAGGUGCGGGAAAUUUGAUGAAGACAUCGACAACUGUCCUUUUCAAGCAACUCCAGAUGUGAACAAUACCAUCACCUGCUUCUUCACGGUCGACUCUGAACCCUGGGCGACCAGGUUCCAACUCCUGAAUGACACCUGCUUGGGGGGCUCCGCUGAGUGA